AUGACGGAGUCAAGCUUCAUUUAUCCUUUCCAUACAACGAUUUUCUUUAAACCUGAAGAGACGGAGCUCACCACAAAUAAUUUGUGGCAACCAUUGAAAGCGGAAAACGCCAGCUUCUUUGGUGUUACUGAAAGACGCGACAAAAUAUGUGCAGGCCAAGUCGGAUCUGGGGUCUUUGUCCACUCUUUUGAAGUCUACGAUAAUUGUAUUCUAUGCCGCUGCACAACCAACAGAACAGAGCUUAUCAAUUCACUGGUAUGCACUGAAAUAGCUAUCGAUAAGACUCUCAUAGACUCGGAGAAAGAGCAAUUGCUAUCGUUAGCAAAUCAGUUUGAGAUCGACGUCCUCGUAGCGACUAGCGGGCUGUACUCUAGGAAAGCUCAAUCUGUGGGGUCAGGGCAAGCCCUUUACCUCCUUGGAUUUGAGGCCAGAGUAGCUGCAGCCGAAGCAAGUGUAAUGGCUUUGCUACAGCUGUUCAAGGAUCAGAUUGUAGAGUAUGUGGAUUUGCCAUCUCCGGCUAUGAUACCGACAUGCGUGGGCGUAGACCGCCACACUUUGCAUUGCUUCAAGGAGCUAUACAAUACUACAAUACUCAUACCCAGUAUCUCUGCGAGCUCGGGGGGUACGAUUUUUGUGUCAGGGGAGGUCCGUUCCUUGGUUUUGAUGGCAAAGAGACGUUUAGAGACCAUGAUGACAAGGGCAAGAGAACAUCUACUAUAUGCUACAAUCUCGGCUUCCUCUACUUUGAAACUGCAAUAUGUAAGCAAGUUUCGACAACGACAAAUCGCAGCUAUCAUGGAAAAACAUGUUUGUUUCAUCAAGGUUGAAGAGUCAGUGGUUCACUUCGUGGGAACUUCCUCAUACGCACUGAAGAUGGCCGUAAAAAAGUUCACCCUAGAAGUCUUGAUGCCUGUGUUUGAAGUCCAAUAUCUAUUUCAUAAUGGGGCUAGCCCCGUUUCACUGCAAUACCUUAACUCAGCUCUGCACAAAAUUGCAUCAGAAAAAAAUAUUGUCAUGCUACGAUUGGAUGGCGUACCGGUAAGGUUCGUACUCGUUGGUUCUUCGCAAGACGUGGCCAAGGCCGCUACAUUGAUAGAAGAGUUGAGAUUACCCGGGGACGUACAGAUAAAAUACGACGUUGAGCUACACCCCGACUACAAAGAUUUCAUAGCUGGCAAAAAGAACGGGAAAAUCACACGAAUCAUGGACAAUGCAAAAUGCAGUAUAUCGUUGCAGUGUCGUCAAAGUGCUGAUAACAUCUUCGUCUCUUUAUUAGCAGAGUCAUUCGUCGACGCUAGAAGAGGCAUGCAGCUUUUGAAUGAUGAGUUACCCGCUGAAGAAGCAUUCUUCAUUCCUGACGCAUAUCAUAGGCCCAUCAUCGGCACUCGAGGUUCCAUAAUCCAAACUAUAAUGAGAAGACAUAACGUUUUCAUCCAAUUUUCAAAUACCGCGCGAUCUUGUCAAGGCAACAUCGGCUUUAUAAGACAUGACAAUGUUGUCAUUCGAUGCCCUUAUAAAAAUAGAAGAUCGAUACCCCCAGCAAAGGACGAAUUAAAGCGCAUUGUGGGGGAGUACAGUAGCCUACAGCCCAGAACAUAUGUCAACCUCACUGUUGGUCAAUAUCGUUACCAUUUACGUGCAAGCCAAACAUGCGGCCUUGAUGUUAUUGAACAUAUUGAGCACAAAACUGGAGCCUACAUUAUGUUUCCGACCCAAGUGCCAAUUUUUAACCAGGCAUUAGAGAUAAGAGGAAAUGAGAACAGUUCAGCUGAAGCUGCUGAACAAUUAAUUGCGCACCUGGCACUUGAGAGGCAAAUUACUCUCCAUAGUGAGAUUUCUGAUGUCCCAGAGUUCAUUAACACAGUGGUUGCCACGCUCAAGGAAGCUUUAGAUAUAGAGACCACACUCGACGGUAGAGUGAUAAGAAUCAACUAUUGCGACAUUGAUGAAAAGCAAAUUCAGAGAGCAUCAGGAAUUGUCGAAGCAUACAUCAAGUCGAAGGGAAUGCAGGUCAAGUCCUGCAAGACUAUAGAAUUGGGCUCACUCGUCGAACCUUACAUGUACCCACAAAAUAUUUUGAUGGCGAAUCCCAUUUGA